UUUGACGUGUUUGUGGGGUUAUAUAUUGAGUGGUCGAGGCAAAAAUAAAUUUAGUAGAAGACAAUCAUGGCUCGAGUUUUGGUCACAGUUUGUUGUUUCAUCGUUUUUGCCGCUCUGGCGCUUGGGGGGAAGAUAGUGGAGGAAAAGUCAAAGGCCAAAGCGACGAUUUCUGUCCAAGCCACAAACAACACACAAGUACCUUCAGUCACUUACAUUGUGAGUGCUGUGGAGUGUUUGGAAGAGGCCUACUCGAUUUACGACAAUGACGAAGACCGAGCAACCUUGUACGCAGCCCUCUUCGAGGAGAAACACAACGGAUCGUGGAACGUACUCGUCGGUUAUAGCGCCGUUUUCGUCCAUUCGGACAUCUACAUCGAGACAAUGGUUUCGGGGGAAAAAAGCAAAAAGAGUGACGAUGACUCAAACAAAUUGUUUUUCAUUUUUUCUGAUUAAUUUACAAAAAAAUUAAAUUACUUUCUUUUAAAA